CGGGACCCUUUUAUCUGAUCACGAAACUUAGAAAUAACUUUUAGUGAAGCGAAAUUGUUAGUGUAUUUUUAUUUUACAACCUAAAUACGCUAUUUACUACACAGGUUCCACCAAAUACGUACCUUUAAUGCGAUAACUACAAGAAACAGCAUGCCAAAAGUUCGCCGAAGUCGUAAGUCGCCCCCAGAGGGCUGGGAGCUUAUCGAGCCAACGCUCGAAGAGUUGGAACAGAAGAUGCGCGAAGCCGAAACAGAGCCUCACGAAGGAAAGCGUAAACAAGAAUCACUCUGGCCUAUAUUCAAGAUACAUCACCAGAAAUCUCGCUACAUCUACGACUUGUUCUACCGACGAAAGGCCAUCAGCCGCGAGCUGUAUCAGUACUGCCUUGAUGAGAAAAUUGCAGACGCUAACCUGAUUGCCAAAUGGAAGAAGACAGGUUAUGAGAAUCUGUGCUGUUUGAGAUGUAUACAGACUCGUGACACGAAUUUUGCGACAAAUUGUAUUUGCAGAGUUCCUAAGAGUAAGUUGGAAGAAGGCCGUAUUGUGGAGUGUGUGCACUGUGGCUGCAGAGGCUGCUCUGGGUAGAGAUGUAACUAUAAUAUUUUGUAAGAUUCUCAUGCUUUACUAACUUUGAAAAUAUAUAAUAAUAAUAAUAAAUACAACGACCGGUCUGGCCUAGUGGGUAGUGACCCUGCCUACGAAGCAGAUGGUCCCGGGUUCAAAUCGUGGUAAGGGCAUUUAGUCGUGUGAUGAGCAUGGAUAUUUGUUCCCGAGUCAUGGGUGUUUUCUAUGUAUUUAAGUAUUUGUAAAUAUUUAUAUAUGAUAUAUAUCGUUGUCUAAGUACCCUCAACACAAGCCUUAUGGAGCUUACUGUGGGACUUAGUCAAUUUGUGUUAUAAUGUCCUAUAAUAUUUAUUUUAUUUAAAUAUUGGACAUUCUUAUACAAACUGACUAAGCCCCAAGAUCAAGAAGGCAUGUGUGGGUACUCUGACAAUGAUAAAUAUAAUAUUUAAACACAGAAAACACCCAUGACUCAGGAAAAAAUAUCUGUGCUUGUCACAAAAAUAAAUGCCCUUACCCGGAUUCAAACCCAGUACCAUCACCUUCCUAGGCAGGGUCACUACCCACUAGGCCAGACAGGUUGUCAGGUCAAAUGAGAAUAAGAAUAUGAUAAGUUUUCAGCAAAACAAGUCAAGUCAAGCAUUGUCUACUCAUUUUUCCCAGCCAGGAUUUAAUAACUUACUAGCAUAUUCUAUUAUGCACCACAAGACAAGCAUCCAUUAUUUGUAAAAUAUAUUCUACUUGCUGGCACAGUUGCACAGAGCAGGUGAGCGGGUUAACAAAUUGUAUUGGCAAUGGCACCUGUAUAUGUAUGCCUGCUCUGUGCACCCGUGCCAGCUAGCAGACACCCUUAGGGUUUUCAGUGUUUAAAGUAUUGUAAGUAUUGAUGGCAUUUUCAAAGUUUGUGGUUAGCCAGUUUUAUGUACUUACAAAAAUUCUGUAAUAGUUUCACACUAUAUCAAAUUGACUUAUGCAGACACAAUGUAACUCAUAUUAGCCAUGUUAAUAAAAAAACUUGCAUUGUAAUCUAC